AUGCUCUCUACGCAGGAACCAAAAAGCGAAUGUGACACGCAAUCGUUGACCGACAGUGUAACGGACUAUCCUAUGGAAAAUGGAAGACGAUAUCACAAGUACCAUGAAGGAGCAUACCCAUACCCCAAUGAUGAACAAGAGCUUGAUCGUCUCGACAUGCAACAUCAUAUGUUUAAACUUGUCAUGAAUGGCAAACUAUACAACGUUCCGCUUGACAAGCCUAAACAAAUUCUCGACAUAGGCACUGGAUCUGGUAUCUGGCCUAUAGAAAUGGCUUUUCUUUUCUCGGAUCCUGCAGCACCUUUAUUCCCAAACGCUGCAAUCACAGGCACAGAUCUCUCCCCAGUCCAACCAACCGAGGUUCCAGAAAACGUCCAUUUCCUUCUCGACGAUGCAACUGAAGAGGAGUGGCUAUGGGACGCGGAUCACUUUGACUUCAUUCACGUCGGACAUAUGACGGGGGCCAUGAAGUCUUUCAAAAGCCUAUUACGAAAGACAUUUAAACACCUUAAACCGGGAUCAUAUCUUGAAUGUCACGAGAUGGAUCCCAAGCCAAGAUGCGACGAUGGUACCAUGCCGCCCGAAAAUCCGGACGGGUACAGCGCAUUUGCUGUCCAUGACUGGUUUGACCUACACAUGAAGGCUAGCCAGGAAGUCGAGCCCUUACGACAAUUCCGAAUAGCACCUCGGAUCGAACGGUGGAUGAAGGAGGUCGGCUUCGUUGAUGUUGAACAGCGAGUCUUCAAAGUUCCGAUGAACCCGUGGCCGGCCGAUGAGAAGAUGAAGGAUAUUGGGAAAUGGAGUGAAAGUAACUGGCUCGAAGCGCUGGCUGGUUGGUCUUAUAAACCCUUUCUCGGACUGGGUUGGUCGAAGAAUGAGAUUGAGGUGUUUCUCGUCGAUGUGAGAAAAAGCAUUCAAGAUCGGAAUGUGCACGCUUACAUGGAUUUCUUCGUGGUGACCGGCCGGAAACCGCUGGACGACACAAAAACAUCAUGA